AUGGCCCCCAAGAGCCGCCGCUCAGUCCACUCCUCCACACCCAUUCCCAUGCCCGUCAUCGCGGAGGACGAGAACGCAGCGGAUCCGCGGCAUGAAGCAACAACGAACCCAACAAUACCACCUCGAUCGCCGCAACGACGGUCAUCCACGCGGAGCAAGGGGGUUCUGAGCACGAACAGCAGCUUGAACGCACCCAGCACGCGACCGGCAAUACACCAUUCCGCCGAGCCCGGUCCCCCAUUACCCACCGACCUCUUUCCAGCCGGCUCCUACACCUUCACGGCUGCCCUAACCAACCUCUCAGCUUCCUGCGCACCCAAGCGGAAUCCUGCCCUCUGGCGAUGCUACCCUUAUUCUCUUUACUCUCCCUCCGCAAAUGAAAGCACCUCUGCUGCCUCCUUCCGCUGGAUCAUCCGUCCCACCACCACCUUCGCCUACGUCAUCUCCUCUUCUGACGACCCCUUCUCGCCGACCGGCAUCUUCCGAGACGUCAGUCUGACCAUGAUCGACGCGAACCAGCCGAGCGAGCGGUUCACUUUUGGUUUUACCAUGACGAAGGCGGUGGUGCCGGACCUUAGCACUACGAGCGGCAGCAGCAGCAGCAGCAGCAGUGUGUCUUCGACAGUCUCUUCGAUGAUCUCAAUGACAUCGAUAACAGUUGAUGUAUCAUUAUCCUCGACUUCGGCUUCGCAGGCUGCUUCUAACGAAAGGGAAGAAGGUAAUGGGACGCCUUCUGGACGUAGAUGGUUAAGAACAGCAAAGAGGGCAAAUGACAACACGAUUUCGCGAGAAACACCAACACCAGCGCCGGCAAUAUGCUGGUAUAAUCAGACGGCCGUCCGCGGCACGAUCUGGACGCGCAUGAGGGCGAGUUACCCGGCUAAGAUCAGCGAUGUGUCGACACCACUGAUAAAUGCAACGAACGUGUUUGCGCCGUGGCCGUUUGCGGUUGAGUUAACGUUUGAACAGACAUAUGAGGAGGAUGAGAGUGGUAAGGGGAAGAAGGCGCCGGAUUGCAGGGAUGCUGAGGGGAAGCCUGUGGUGUUUGGGAAUAAUGAUAAUAUGAAGGCGGUAGGGGAGAGAGGUAUGAACAUCGCGGAUGAAGCAGAUAUCUGCAGGUGUUCGUAUGCGAACUAUGGGCUCGACUCUAUCACUAGUAUUAAGUCUGGUAAACUACAAGGGCAGAGUCAGAGUCAGGGUCUGGACUAG